CGCAGGCUCGCGACGAUCACGGCUCUCUCCUCCUCACUGCAGCCCGCUCACCUCAGCGCCUUCAGCGAACACUUCACUGGAAGUAAAAAACAAAAAACAAAACAGAAAUUCGCCUGGAAAACAAACGAUUUGUGUGGAAGUGGGAAAGAAAGAGAGAGAGAGAGACCGAGACAGAAGAAACGACUCGCCAUCAGCCGCGUCAAAAGCUGGAGAAAAGUCCGAAGUAGGUCGAAAAUCAGAAGAAGAAACAGAAGAAUAGACGUUCAUCUGUUCUGAGGCUUCCUGGAUUCAGAGCGAAGAUGGCUGGCGCUCCCGACAAGCUUGCCGUUCUUGCGUCGUGCAUAUGCAUAUUCCUAAUGCUCCUCGAACCCAGCCUUCAGAAUGGGGCCGUCGCAGGGCACAGAGAGCCUCUUCCUGAUGACAGCAAAGACAACAUCACCAUUUUUACUCGGAUUCUGGACCGCUUGCUGGAUGGCUAUGACAACAGGCUGCGCCCGGGUCUCGGAGAGAGCGUGACUGAAGUUCGGACCAACAUCUACGUCACCAGUUUCGGACCGGUAUCGGAUACAGACAUGGAGUACACCAUCGACGUGUUCUUUCGGCAGAGCUGGAGGGACGAGAGGCUGAAGUUCGACGGGCCCAUGCAGGUUCUUCCUCUCAACAACCUUCUGGCCAGCAAGAUCUGGACUCCGGAUACCUUCUUCCACAACGGGAAAAAGUCGGUGGCUCACAACAUGACUACUCCUAAUAAACUCCUGCGUCUGGUGGACAACGGGACCCUGCUGUACACUAUGAGAUUAACUAUUCAUGCUGAGUGCCCCAUGCAUCUGGAAGAUUUCCCCAUGGAUGCUCACGCCUGCCCGCUCAAGUUUGGAAGCUAUGCUUACACCAACAACGAGGUGGUCUACAUCUGGACUGCGGAUGAUGAGAAGUCCGUGUCCGUGGCUCCAGAUGGCUCUCGUCUCAACCAGUAUGACCUGCUGGGACACGUCAUAGGCAAAGAGACCAUCAGCUCUAGCACAGGAGAAUAUGUGGUGAUGACAACUUAUUUUCAUCUGAAAAGGAAAAUCGGCUAUUUUGUCAUUCAGACGUAUUUACCCUGCAUCAUGACCGUCAUCCUUUCCCAGGUCUCGUUCUGGCUCAACCGGGAGUCGGUUCCGGCGCGUACCGUCUUCGGAGUCACCACUGUUCUGACCAUGACCACGCUAAGCAUCAGCGCUAGAAACUCUCUACCCAAAGUGGCCUACGCUACAGCUAUGGACUGGUUCAUGGCCGUGUGUUACGCCUUCGUCUUCUCCGCCCUCAUCGAGUUUGCCACCGUCAACUAUUUUACCAAGCGCAGCUGGGCCUGGGACGGUCAGAAGGAGAACCAGGAGAAGAGACGUGAGUCCGCGUCACUCUCCAAAAAGACCAACAACACCUUUAACAUCGUGGGCACUACUUAUCCGAUGAGCGUGGGAAAAGAACCCGGACUGACCACCAUUGCUAAGAGCGCUUCCAGCACGGCCUCAGCCCCGGCCCAGCCCCAGCCGGUCCGAGAGGUGCGGCUGUCCAGGAUGGACGGCGAGUACAUCUGCGAAGGCGUCAAGAAGUCCUACAACCGAGUCAGCAAAGUGGACAAGAUCUCACGCAUCAUCUUUCCUGUGCUCUUCUUUAUCUUCAACCUGGCCUACUGGGCCACUUAUGUCAACAGGAAGCCAACCAUUAGGAGGUCCAACCCCCAUAACUGAACCUGAAGUAUAUCUAUAAACAACAAUUUAGGGGGGAAAAAAAACAAACAAACAAAAAAAAACUCCCAAUCAAGUCUGGAGUAGCCAUAUGAUGCUACCACCA